AUGGUUCUUGAGUGCCUUCGACCACAUGAAAAUCUUGAAGUGUUGUGCAUUAGAGGGCACAGAGGCCCCACUUGUCCAACAUGGCUGGGUGAUGAGCUUGCUGUUGAAGCCCUACAAUCUCUUUGUCUUGAUGGUGUUUCUUGGAAGGUCUUCCCUUCUUUACGGAACAUGGGGGAUCUUUGUGAGCUUGAGAUACAAGACUGUCCAGAAUUCUCGUCCGUGAUUCCCACCUCCUGGAUUGAGAGUUUGCGUCGCGUCACGAUUGAAUGUGUCAAGCUACUAAAGAGGUUUGCAUACUCAAAAUCAUCAAAUGGAGCACAACUGGAAAUCAUUGGAUGGGGUGAUCUGCAAAGCUUAGACCAAGUGUUAGUUUUCGAUAAAGAAACAGGUCUUCAGAAGCUGACACUCGAGAGAUGCCCACCUUUGGAGUUGAAGCACCUUCUGAUGCUAACCUCGCUGAAGACACUGAUUGUAAGGCAUUCAGCUGGUCUGGCUGGUCUGGCUGGACCACUAGGAGGUCUGGGUGAUGUGGAAUGGCAGCUCCCUGUUGAGCACAUUGAGAUCUGCCACUUAAAUGGUAAUAGUUGGAAUGAAUUGACAGAGCUCUUCCCACACCUCCCAAAGCUCUCCAAAUUGGAGAUACGGGAUUGUAAAAAUAUAAAACAGCUGGUAGUGGGGGUAGAUUUGCGACAAACAGCAUCAGAUAUGGGGGGAGGUGAAAUAACAGCAGCAACAGAGGAAGAGGAUGAUGGGGUGCUGCUCUUCCCAUCUCAUCUCUGUGACUCACUACAGAAAUUGAAGUUCCUUUUCUGCCCAGAGCUGGUCCUGGUGGACUCGCCAACUCUUGUUCCUGGAGGAGGAUGGCUCCAAGCCUUGCGAUCCCUCCAGAGAUUAAGCAUAAAGUAUUGCCCAAAGUUUCUAUCCGCCUUCUCGUUUUCCAGUCACAUUUUCCCUUCCUCCCUGCAAUUCCUGGAGCUUACGAAAUUAGAAGGGAUGGUGACACUAGAGCCUCUCUCAAACCUUUCUUCUCUUACCAGAUUAGUAUUGGAAUUUUGUGGAAAGGAUCUGAAAUGUCAGGGAUUGCAGUCUCUCCUUACCACCGGGGGCCAGCUCAACGAAUUGGAAGUCAGGGGCAGCCAUAUAUUCUUUGCUAAUUGGGAUCCAAAUCCCAGACGGGCUUUGGAGGAUGCUGAAGGAGGAGAAGAGCAGCCAACACAGCUUGUUUCAUCCACACUGCGGAAGCUUUGCACAGAUGAUGCAGCAGGACUCCUUGCUGCACCCAUCUGCAGCUUCCUUUCUUCCUCUCUCACCAAGCUGAAACUUCAUGGGUAUGGGCAUGAAGGGUUGGAGCACUUCAGCAAGGAGCAAGAGGAUGCCCUUCAGCUUCUCUCCUCCCUCCAGAAACUUGAGUUUAGGCAUUUCCGCCAUCUUCAGCAAAUCCCUGCAGGGCUGUGCAACCUUACCAGCCUCAAGAUGUUAUCAAUCAACCACUGUCCUGCCGUCUCGUCAUUGCCCAGCGAUGGCCUCCCCAAAUCACUGGAAAAGCUAGAUGUCUACGACUGCAGCGAGGUGCUAAAACGGCAGUGCAGGUGGAUGUUGGGAACCAUCCCGAAAAUCAUAAGAGGAUGA